AUGCAAAAUCCUCCCCUCUACAAUUUCACACCUAAAAAUUCAUUUUCCAACAAUAUGAUGAGGAAGAGCAGCAAAAUUCUCGGAAUUAAUUUAUUAAAUUUUGUAUUUAUUGUGCUGGUAGCAUUUGUGAUGAGCACGAAUAAGUUGAGAGUUAAUGGUUCUCCAACACAGCAGGAAUAUACUUCAUCACCUGUAGAAUUGGUUCACGCUUUUAAUUUUGUUAAUUUUAAUUUUACAUCAGAAGAACAACGUCAAGAAUAUAUGAAAGAUGAAAUUUACAAGCUUGUUGCUUUGGCAGGUGUCAAAGUUGAUGCUAAUGGAGAUAUUUACGUGUCAAUGCCUCGUUGGAAAUCACCAAAGAUCCCAGCAACAUUGGCAAAGAUUGUAAAGGGAGAAAAUGGUCAACCAAUUCUUGAACCAUUUCCAAGUUGGGAAUGGAAUAAUGUCAAUAACGCAACCUUUGGUCUUCAAAGUGUUUUAGGAUUUGAAAUUGAUGGUCAACAAAGAAUGUGGAUCUUGGAUCAAGGAAAAGUUGCUGGAAAAGCUGCUGAAAAGGAAAGUAUUAAAUUGGUUGUGUGGGAUUUGGAAAAGAAUGAACUCAUUGCUAAAUAUCAUUUCACACCAGAGGAAGCAUCACCAACCAACUCAUUCUUGAAUGAUAUUGUCGUUGAUUCUGACCAAAAUAUUGCCUUUAUUAGUGACAGUGGUAUUCCAAUUGAUAAUCCAAAUAAGGAUCCAACCAUUCGUCCACAACCUGGUAUUUUAGUUAUUGAUAUUGAUGAUUUGAAAGUUAAGAGAUGGUUUGAUGGAUUGCCUCAAGUUCAAGUUGACCAAAGCGCAUGGCUUGAUGUUAAUGGUAAGAAAUGUCUCCAAAAUGAACCAAUGAAAACUGGUGUCGAUGGCAUUGCUCUCAGUUGUGAUUACAAUAGAUUGUAUUGGACUCCAUUGACCUCUAGAACUUUGUAUGGUAUUGAUGCCAACUUGUUAUUGAUGUAUCCACCAAACACAACCUUGGUUCACGAUAAGAUUGUCAAUUAUGGUGACAAGAUUUCAUCUAGUGAUGGUUUUGCUAUUUCUUCUGAUUCCACAUUUUAUAUUACUGCUAUUGAAAAUAACACAAUUUAUGAAGUGAGUGAGGAAGGUCUUGCUGAUGUUUUAGAAGGAAAGACCAAAAUCUCUGAUUUCAAAUUGAGAGAAUACAUGGUUGACUCUUUGAAGAAUAUCACCAUUACUCACCAAAAUGAACUUGUCUGGCCUGAUACUAUUGGUAUUUCCAAUGAUGGAUACAUGUACUUUGUUACAAACAAUUUGUGUGACUAUGUUCAAGGAUUUAUCACUGAUUUCGACAAGCCAAACUUUUUCAUUCAUAGAAAGUUUAUUGGAGCUUCAUCUUAUGUGAAUGGAUGUGAACAAGCUCACUUGGAAUUGGGAGCUAAGGAAUGGGCAACUAUCGGUACCUUGUUAGGUCUUUGGAUUCUUGGAUUGGUUAUUAUUGUAGUUUCUGUUACCAUUGUCAAUAGAAGAAAAAAGGCUAAAGAAACCUAUACAACAUUGCAAUAAACUUAGAGAGAUUUAACUUCUGGAAUUCUUUCA